CAAAAAGGAGACCAGGUGCUCCUUCAUUGUCAGGGACUGCGUCUCCGUCCGCUUCCAUAACCUCAACAACGGCACCUCUUUCCGCGAGGAUAUCCUGUGCCGCCUUUCCAGCCCCUUAGACCGAAGGUAGGCUUCACCCUCUGGCGGCUUGUUCCCGGCGUGACCAUCCUUCCACAAGCUCUCAUUGGUGAUUUCUGGCCGAGCCCCCUGCAACCCUGGCAACAGCCCGUCCUGGAGCUGCCAGUCCCGGAUUGGUCCGUACCUCCCAAGUUCCAGAGCGAGCUUUUGGUCUGAGUCACUGCGAAGCUAGCGUGGUGAUUGGCAAGGCUGGACGUCAGUCAGUCGGAGGCGGGCCCAGUGGGAGAAAUGGCUGCCGCGUCUGCUCGUGCGUGAACGGUCUCGGCCGUGGAGGCGUGAAGCCGGGUCGCAGCGCUUAGUGCUUACAGCUGCCACCAGUGGAAGGUGGAAUUCGGCUCCGCUGGGCUUGAACACGAACCUCAGCCUUCCGCGUCCCCCACCCGGGCUCAGGCCCAUCCGAAACAGUACCUAAAAUUACGUGGCACUUGAGAAAUGUAAUGCUUCCCUGACGGCGAUCUCGCAGAGGAAGGAUCCUAGCCUGGGCUUUAGCUGCUUGCCAGCACGCCAUGGCCCUCACGAUGCUAAAUGGUCUACUUAUCAAGGACUCCAGCCCACCUAUGCUGCACCAGGUUAGCAAGACGCCUCAGCUAGACGCCUUCAACUACCAAAGCUGCUCCAUGCAAGACCUCUUUGCUCAUUUCCCUGAGGUCUUAUUUAUACACCGGACCUAUAACCCGAGAGGCAAGGUGUUAUACACCUUCCUGGUGGACGGACCCCGGGUCCAGGUGGAGGGUCCUCUUGCCCGAGCUGUGUACUUCGCCAUCCCUACCAAUGAAGAUGCCAGAGGCCUGGCACAGAUGUUCCAGGUGUUCAAACAGUUUAACCCAGCGUGGGAGAGAGUCACCACCAUCCUGGUGGAUCCCCACUUCCUCCUGCUGCCCACCCUGACCAUGGAGUUCCCCACUGCUGAGGUCCUGCUCUCCGCGUUCCACAUCUGUAAGUUCCUCCAGGGUAAAUUCUAUCAGCUGUCCCUGGAGCAGCCCGUGCAAAGGCUGCUUCUGUCCUCCCUGCAGAGCACUAUGUGCUCAGCCACAGCUGGCAACCUGAGGAAACUCUACACACUCCUGAACAGCUGCAUCCCCUCCAGCAGGCUGCCAGAGCUCCACUCACACUGGCUGCUCAAUGACCGCAUCUGGCUGGCGCACCGCUGGAGAAGCCGCGCCCAGAGCAACCGAUACUUCCAGGGCCUGGAGGUCACAGCCCACAUCCUCAGCCAGUUUUUUGGCACCACCCCAUUUGAGAAACAAGGCAUGGCGUCGGUGUUCCGAUACAUGCAGCAGAACCCUUCAGACAACGCAGGCCUCAGCCUGGCUGAGAGUGCCCAGGACAAUCACGCUCCUUCAGAGGCCAGCCCUGAAAACCCCAACACAGAACAGUUGGUGGAAGCCCGUAUCCAGCACUCCCUCAAUGCCAUCUGCACAGGGCCCGCUGCCCAACUCUGCCUAGGUGAGCUUGCCGUGGUCCAGAAAUCCAUGCACCUCAUCGGCUCUGGCUCAGAGAAAAUGAACAUACAGAUUCUGGAGGACACGCACAAUGUCCAGCCCCAGCCUCCCGCCAGCUGCAGCUGCUACUUUAACCAAGCCUUCCACCUGCCCUGCCGCCACAUCCUAGCCAUGCUCAGUGCCCGCCAGCAGGUGCUCCAGCCCGACAUGCUGCAGGCUCAGUGGCCCUCGGGCUGUGCCACUAGUCUAGACAGUAUCCUAGGCAGCAAGUGGAGUGCCAGCCUGGAUAAGCACCUGGCUGUGACUCUCCUCACUGAGGAGGUGGGUCGGCUAUUACAGCACUGCAGCGAGGAGGAAUUUGAGCGCCGCUACAGCACCCUUCGAGAACUAGCUGACAGCUGGAUCGGCCCUUACGAGCAGGUACAGCUCUAAUCACGUGCACACCCCGUACUGGGACCUGACCCUAGAGGAGUCCACGGGUUAAGCAGGCUCUGCUCCUGCCUAUCUUUAUGUUUUAUUCUGAGAUAGGCUACUUUCAAACUCUGUAGACAGGCUGGCUUUGAACUUGUGAGCCUCCUAACUAACCUACUGAUUAAGUGGGAUUAUAGCCUGUGCCAGUAGACCCAACUUCUGAUUGUAUUUGUGUCUGAAAUGUUCACACACCUACGAACACUCACAUCCCUUCCUCUACACACACUGUGCUUCCUUCCCAAAGGCCUCUGCUCUGCUCCAGCCUCUUGUCUAGAAUGUGUCAAGCUCCACAGAGCAGAAGUCAGAAAAUCUUUUCUCACUUCAGUAGAAAAUAGUAAAUAUUGGCUCAGUAGUAAAUAUUGUAGGCUUUGACGGCCAAAUACAGUCUCUGCUGUGUAUCCUGACUUCAGCUCUGACAACUUUUUCAUAAGGAAAAAUGAUUUGUAGCUCAAGAAAUUUCUGGCAACAGGCAAUUCCUUAAGAGAAAGUGAUAAGGCUGAAGGUUCUGCGUCUGUAACUCCUGCUCAGUGGCCCUGGAGCCUGCCCACAAAGGAAGAGGCUGCUUGGGCAGGGCCGUCAAGCUUCCCUUCCCGUUUUUUCCCACCCUGGGAUCAAUAAAGUCUCAUAUCCCCA